UUAUCACAGAUCUGUAGUUGGUUUAUAGCGUAGUGCACAAAUGUGUUUUCUGACAAAUUUGCCUGAACUGACCGAAACGGGGAGAGAGCGAGGAGAGCGGGGAGAGCGGCAUGGGACUGUUUGAGCCCACGGACUCGCCGGUUUUACGCUCCAAAAUGCGCGCGCACGGCGCGGGAAGAAGAAAUCCAAGAUGGCGCGUCGAACAACAAAUCGGAAACAGCAGGGAAAUGUAGUAAAGCAAGCUUGGGAAUGGGCUGAUCACACGGAACCCGAAAAUAUCACAAGAGAAAAUAUCGAGAGCGCCUACCGGGUAAAUACGACUGGUUGUUCUCAGGGAAAUUGCAGGAGGAAUUGUAAAGCCAAUCCUAACUGUUUCAAUUGCCUUGGAGAAAAGUUUUGGCUUGGUGAAAUAAAAGAUGACUACUGGUUGAAUUGUGAAGAUCCAGAAAAUGAAAGAAGACCUGAGAAUGCUUUUGUUGGUCUCAAGAACCUUGGUGCCACAUGCUAUGUGAACACAUUUCUACAGGUCUGGUUUCAUAAUCCUGUUUUUCGCUCAGCUAUGUACAAAUAUAUCUCUCCUACGAUUCCUGGAUGUAAAUCAAAACAAGAAGAUAACAGAUCUGUGAAUGGUUUGCCAACAUCACAGAGUGUUACAAACACAAAAGACUCUCUUAAGCUGAGCAACCACAAAAGUGAGGAUAGCAAAGCACUGGAUGAGCCUUUCUCUGUUGCUGUAACACCCGAUCAAGCAUCAAGCAACCAACUGGUCCCAUUACUUCCUUCUACCACCGUGCUGAGCUCAGAGGAAGCACCAACGACAGUCUGCGGUCAUCUUCAGUUGCUGUUUGCUCAGUUACAAUACAGUUUUCGAAGAUACAUUGAUCCCAGUCCAUUUGUGGACAGUUUAGGACUGGAUACUGCACAGCAGCAGGAUGCACAGGAGUUUAGCAAACUUUUUACAUCUUUACUUGAAGAAACUUUCUCAAAACAGGCUGAGCCUGAGGUGCAGAAUGUUGUUCAGACUCAGUUUGGUGGAGAAUACUUUUACGUCACAGAAUGUCACAGCUGUGGGAACAAAUCAAAGAGGCUAUCUCGCUUUUACGAACUGGAUUUGAACAUUCAAGGACACUCGUCACUCAACCAGUGCAUCAAAGAGUUUCUAAAGGAAGAGAAGUUAGAUGGUGAUAAUCAGUAUUACUGUACCCACUGUAACAGCAAACAGAAUGCUGCUCGCUACAUUGAAUUGCACUCCCUGCCUCCAGUUCUCAAUCUUCAACUAUUACGAUUUGUGUUUGACAGGAAAACAGGCUACAAGAAGAAACUGAACUCAUUCAUUCAGUUUCCUGAUGUCCUUGAUAUGAAGGACCAUGUGAAAAAUGGAUGCAUUGGUAAGCAACUCAUGUACAUUGAAAAAGCAGAUGAAAUAUUCAGAAAAUAUGGUGGUCUACCAAGACUUCAAAGUGACUCAAUGUGUAUUAACUGUGUCAAAGAACAAUGCAGAAGAAUACGUUUCGAAUCCAGACUGGCUGAAGAUUACAAGUUUGUGUCCGAUACUUUGAAGUCUCAAACAUCACUCAGUGACAAGUUCUUUUGGGUUGGUCGGCGGUCACUUCUGAGAUGGAAAGCUUUAGCAAUCCAUCAUGAAGAGGCGCGCCAGAGUUUGAUGGACAGAUGUCAAGUUACAGCCAAUUACGACGCGGAGGAAGAUGAUGAAGUUAAGGUCAAAGGAAUUGAAGAUCAUGAUGUUAGCAUGACGGAAGAAGAGAAGGCACCUCAGCAGAUGGACGAGAAUCCACAGGAGAUUGGUGCUGAGGAGGACGAAGAUGACAGCGAUUCUAAGUUCAACGAAGACUUGCUUUGCGAGCACGGAGACCUUUCUUCGGACGAGUCUUGCCGGAGGCUUGUACCAGAUGUCGUGUGGCAGAGGUUAAAGUACUACUUUUCUUGCGCACCCGAGUUUCAAGCUGUUCACCCAGUGUGCAGGUCGUGCCAGGCAGAAGACGAGGAAGAACGACAGAAGAAUGAGACGUACAAAUUGCUCGCAUCAGAGCAGAGAGCUGCUGUUAGUCAACUGUAUCUCGACAGGAAUCGGCCGUCACUUGAUAACGACGAUCCAUUCGUUGCCUGUGCCAUUUCAAAAAGUUUUCUUGAUCAGUGGAGGCAAUUCUUAAGGUACCCCGCAAGGAAUGUCCCACCGGACAGUAUCGUCAAUGCCCCUCUGCUGUGUCCCCAUGAAAAGUUCCUCUUCAAUCCGGAGUGUGAUGACGACAUGGAUGGUGCGAAUGAAGAGUUAUGUUAUGUCUGGCAACACGAGUGGAACACACUUACCCAAACCUACCCUUACGAUCACGUGAUCACGGUUACCAAAAGUGUAACAGAAGACGACGUGAGAGAACUGGUGACUAGUCCCGACGUGUGCACGGAAUGCUGCUAUGCGCGGAUACAGGAACGAGCACAGCACGUGGAGAAUUAUCGUUAUGGAACAAUCUACGUGCGCAAAAUAACAAAGGAUCACACCGAGAAGGACAUACAGCAAGCCUUGAAUGAUAGUACCUCGAGCAAAGAUGUCUAUUCGUUCGAUCCAGAUUUCCAGACACCACCGAACAAUAAGAAACCAAAGCUGAAUCGUGAUAGUCGAGCCCGUCGAAGUUCCAGACUCAAUCCAAGUCAAGUUCUGAAUGCCAAGCGAAUUACCAUCAAAGCUGCAGAUGAAAUAUUCAGAAAAUAUGGUGGUCUACCAAGACUUCAAAGUGACUCAAUGUGUAUUAACUGUGUCAAAGAACAAUGCAGAAGAAUACGUUUCGAAUCCAGACUGGCUGAAGAUUACAAGUUUGUGUCCGAUACUUUGAAGUCUCAAACAUCACUCAGUGACAAGUUCUUUUGGGUUGGUCGGCGGUCACUUCUGAGAUGGAAAGCUUUAGCAAUCCAUCAUGAAGAGGCGCGCCAGAGUUUGAUGGACAGAUGUCAAGUUACAGCCAAUUACGACGCGGAGGAAGAUGAUGAAGUUAAGGUCAAAGGAAUUGAAGAUCAUGAUGUUAGCAUGACGGAAGAAGAGAAGGCACCUCAGCAGAUGGACGAGAAUCCACAGGAGAUUGGUGCUGAGGAGGACGAAGAUGACAGCGAUUCUAAGUUCAACGAAGACUUGCUUUGCGAGCACGGAGACCUUUCUUCGGACGAGUCUUGCCGGAGGCUUGUACCAGAUGUCGUGUGGCAGAGGUUAAAGUACUACUUUUCUUGCGCACCCGAGUUUCAAGCUGUUCACCCAGUGUGCAGGUCGUGCCAGGCAGAAGACGAGGAAGAACGACAGAAGAAUGAGACGUACAAAUUGCUCGCAUCAGAGCAGAGAGCUGCUGUUAGUCAACUGUAUCUCGACAGGAAUCGGCCGUCACUUGAUAACGACGAUCCAUUCGUUGCCUGUGCCAUUUCAAAAAGUUUUCUUGAUCAGUGGAGGCAAUUCUUAAGGUACCCCGCAAGGAAUGUCCCACCGGACAGUAUCGUCAAUGCCCCUCUGCUGUGUCCCCAUGAAAAGUUCCUCUUCAAUCCGGAGUGUGAUGACGACAUGGAUGGUGCGAAUGAAGAGUUAUGUUAUGUCUGGCAACACGAGUGGAACACACUUACCCAAACCUACCCUUACGAUCACGUGAUCACGGUUACCAAAAGUGUAACAGAAGACGACGUGAGAGAACUGGUGACUAGUCCCGACGUGUGCACGGAAUGCUGCUAUGCGCGGAUACAGGAACGAGCACAGCACGUGGAGAAUUAUCGUUAUGGAACAAUCUACGUGCGCAAAAUAACAAAGGAUCACACCGAGAAGGACAUACAGCAAGCCUUGAAUGAUAGUACCUCGAGCAAAGAUGUCUAUUCGUUCGAUCCAGAUUUCCAGACACCACCGAACAAUAAGAAACCAAAGCUGAAUCGUGAUAGUCGAGCCCGUCGAAGUUCCAGGCACCGUAAACAGCGCGGAGAAGUCUCACUGACUGUUGGAUCAACCGAGACUUUACGAGAUGUCAAAUUACAGCUGAUGAAGAGUUUUUCUGUGAUGCCCAUGGAUCAACAUCUCACGUUAAAUGGCGUGCCUCUCUCAAACAAUGACGCGACGCUUAUAACUUUGGGAAUCAAGCCAGGAUCUUUAUUGCUAUUACAGAUUGAUGAACCACAGGGAGCCAUCUCACAGGACGCUCUACCAGUCAGCAAUGCCCCUGAAGAAGGUUUCAAAGGGACUGGUUUACUUGGUCACUCGUAGAAGAUACAAAUGAUCACAACUGGCUAGAACACAACGAUAAUUGGGUGCAAAGCCGGCUCAGUUAUGAGAAACAGAGUAAAAUUAUUCGUUGAAUUU